AGUAAGAAUUCCAAUAUUCCUAUUAAAAUUUCAAGAACUUGUGAUAGCAUGUUAAUAUAUUCUGGUAAUGCUCCUCUUCUUCUGUAGAACAACACAUAUUCAGGCAGAUCCAUGAUUUCCUUCUCAGGUAUUUUAGACACAGACUCUUUGUAGAAGUACAGUCACUUGUUGUGCAGAAAGUUGAAUAAGCUGGUUGUGUAGUGGCCUCUGUGCAGUUUGAACAUGUGGUUACUGACUCCGUACAAGUCGUAGGUCCAAUCUUGCUUCUGCUCUUCUUUUUUGAUCAAGUGCUCUAACAAGUCUAGAGACUUGAGCAGGAACCCCACCAACUCAAUGAUUUUGUGAGACGAGUUUCUAAAGAACAAUAACUCUUGAUUGUCAGUUAUUAACCUCUCUAGGUUGACAAUCAACACUGGAGUUAGUUUUCCCAAGCCUAUUUAUUUUUGCCUUGACAUGUUCUUGUCACUUUGAUCCGUACCAUUUGUCGUCUUCAUCAAUUAUCUCAUAUUUAUUGAAGUCGAUAGGUGCAUGCCCAGGAUUAAUUUUUGUUUUCUGAUUCUCCGAUGACAGUUUUCUGCUUUCGAACCCACUGAGGUUGGCUUGGAUGUUCUAUUUCGAGAGGAUGUACAUUUCGGAGUUCAAAGUAUUAUGGCUCACUAAGACUCAAUAAUGCUUCUGUCUCAACUCGAACUUGCAGCUUUCUUUGCAGGCUUUGCUGCAUGUCUGACAAUUUCUCAGAAGUCUAUGGGGUUAAUAAGGUUGAGUUUGUAGAAUUCUUUUGAAUCAUAUUCAGACUCUUCAAACAGAGGUAUGUACAGCAGCUCAUUGUAUACUUCUUCAGGGAGUUUUUCUCCAUCAGAAGAGAACUUGUUUGGAAGGCGAAGCAGAGACUAUGCGAACUUGAACACUUUCAGCUGGAUUUCUCUUAUCCUAUGCUUAUUGCAGAUUAUCAAGAUUAAAAGCGGAGAUAUUUAGUCUUCUUAUCUAAAAAUUAUUAUUUUCUUGACUUUCUUCUUGUUAAAAACUUCCAUGAUAUAGAGGCUACUUGAGUUGGGAUCUUGCUCGAUUUCGUAUACGAAUGAAUUUAAAUGGAAGCCAUCGAGUUCUCAAUAGUUGAAAUUGUUUUAUUUUCUUGCUAAACUUGUGUAAUUAUAUUGAUGCCACUACGAGAUUUACAUCCGUUGAUCUUCGAAAAUAAUAUAUCUGGAUUUGUCUUUCAUAAUCUGAGGUAUUAAGCAGGCCAGGAGUAUAAAAGCGAUAUCUUAAUAAGAAUCAAGCCUUGUGAUAUUACUCUGAUGAUUUAGGAAUACAUGAGCAAUUUAUCUUAAUAUAUCUUGCUUAUAAAAUUAA